AAGCUGCAGUCGGCGGCCAUUUUCUUCCAGGAACCGGCUGAUGUUGUUGUUCUUCGCUUCCCUCCCGCGUCUCUCGCUGCCAAGGGAGGCCUUCCGAGCCACUCGGGAAGGCGGGGGAGGAUAGUGCGAGGCAGGAAGGCCUCAGGGAAGCGCCGGAAGGAAGGGGAAGGAGGCCGGGCCUUGGGCCUGGGGCGGACCAUGAAGGCCGGGCCCGCUGCUCGCUCUCUCUGCACGGGAGGAGGAUAGUUAGGCCGCGCCUCGCCAUGUUCAGCUUUGAGGGGGAGUUCAAAACCAGGCCCAAGGUGUCCCUCGGAGGGGCCAGUAAGAAGGAGGAAAAGGCAUCUCUUUUGCAUCGUACACAGGAGGAAAGACGGAAGCGAGAGGAAGAAAGGAGAAGACUGAAAAAUGCGAUAAUUAUCCAGUCUUUUGUUCGAGGGUACAGGGACAGAAAACACCAAUAUGCCAUUCAGAGGAGUGAAUUUGAUCGCUAUGCUAAUUUAACACAGUCUGGAGGAAGCUUCUCCACUGCCAAUGGAUCAAAUCUAACUCUCCUAGUUCGUCAGCUUCUAUUUUUCUAUAGGCACAAUGAGGAUUCUAAACGUUUAAUAUGGAUAUGUCAGAACUUGAUUAAACAAAAUGCUCAGUUUGUGAAGCAGCUUGAUGGCCCGGACAAACUUACAUGCCUCUUCCAGAUAAAAAGACUACUGGGCUUAUGCUGCAGAUUGCUACAGAACUGCAAUGAUGACAGUCUGAAUGUUGCACUUCCUAUGAGGAUGCUUGAAGUAUUUUCAUCUGAGAAUACCUAUUUGCCUGUUUUACAAGAUGUUAACAAGGUAGCAUCAGUAAUUGAACAAAUCUUGCACUACGUGAUUCAGAAAGGAUACUAUAGAUCGCUUUAUUUGCUAAUAAAUAACAAGCUUCCAUCAAGUAUUGAGUAUUCCGAUGUGUCUCGGGUUCCUAUUGCAAAAAUAUUGCUAGAAAAUGUUCUGAAGCCAUUGCACUUUAAUUAUAUCUCCUGUCCUGAAGAUGCCAGGCAACAGAUCUUUGCUGCUUUUACAGAUGAGUUUCUGGCAGCACCUUUUACAGACCAGAUAUUCCAUUUCAUCAUUCCAGCACUUGCAGAUGUGCAGACUUGCUUCCCUUAUGAACUUUUUCUGAAUGCACUAUUGUUAACAGAAAGCAGGCGUUCAAGGAAAAGUGAGAGAGCUCCUUGGCUUUUUUACUUUGUCCUGACAGCUGGUGAAACAUACUUAGGAUCUCUUUCUGAAGAAGGGCUACUAGUGUAUUUGCGGGUACUCCAGAUGUUUCUUUCUCAGUUACCCGUAUCUACAUCAGGUUCAGAUUGUCAGGAUUCAACUAGUGACUCUGAAGAUGAAGAAAUUAAUAAGACAACUUCCAUGCCUGGAGAUGGAAGAAUAUCAGUCCAGUAUAUAACUGACGAAUGUCUUUCCAAGUUGGAUACUAAACAGCAGACAAACACCCUGCUAAAUAUGGUUUGGAGGGAUUCAGCUAGUGAAGAGGUCUUCACCCUAAUGGCUUCCAUCUGCCACACACUAAUGGUGCAACACCGAAUGAUGGUGCCAAAAGUCAGACUUUUAUAUAGCUUAGCUUUUAAUGCCAGGUUCCUGAGGCAUCUUUGGUAUUUAAUCUCCUCAAUGACAACACGAAUGAUUACUGGGUCGAUGGUGCCCCUCCUUCAGGUGAUAUCACGUGGCUCACCUAUGUCUUUAGAAGAUUCUAGUCGGAUCAUCCCUCUCUUUUACCUUUUCAGCUCCUUGUUUAGUCACUCGCUUAUCUCUAUACAUGAUACUGAAUUCUUUGGUGAUCCCAUAGACGUUGUAGGCCAAAGACAAUCAUCAAUGAUGCCUUUUACAUUGGAAGAACUGGUAAUACUAUCACGAUGUCUUCGAGAUGCUUGCUUAGGAAUAAUUAAAUUGGCAUACCCAGAAACAAAACCAGAAGUUCGAGAAGAAUACAUUGCAGCUUUCAGAAGUGUUGGUGUUACCACAAAUACAGAAAUGCAACAGUGCAUCCAGACAGAACAGAAGCGGUGGAUUCAACUCUUUAAGGUAAUCACUAAUUUAGUGAAAAUGUUGAAAUCGAGAGACACAAGAAGGAAUUUUUGUCCACCAAAUCACUGGCUAUCAGAACAGGAAAACAUUAGAGCAGAUAAGGUUACACAGCUUUAUGUGCCCUCAGCCAGACAUGUAUGGCGAGUGAGACGAAUGGGAAGAAUAGGACCAUUACAAUCUACUUUGGAUGUGGGCUUGGAUCCAGCACCUCUUUCUGUGUCAGAGGAACGACAACUUGCAAUAUUGACUGAGUUACCUUUUGUGGUUCCCUUUGAAGAACGAGUAAAGAUCUUUCAAAGACUGAUCUAUGCUGAUAAACAGGAGGUUCAAGGAGAAGGUCCAUUUCUGGAUGGAAUCAAUGUCACCAUCAGAAGAAAUUAUAUUUAUGAAGAUGCAUAUGACAAACUUUCCCCUGAAAACGAACCUGAUUUGAAAAAAAGAAUCCGUGUUCAUUUACUCAAUGCACAUGGUCUAGAUGAAGCUGGUAUUGAUGGUGGUGGGAUAUUUCGGGAAUUUCUGAACGAACUACUUAAAUCAGGAUUUAACCCAAACCAGGGUUUUUUUAAGACCACUAAUGAAGGACUGCUUUAUCCUAAUCCUGCUGCACAGAUGCUUGUGGGAGACUCAUACGCAAGGCAUUACUACUUCCUUGGUCGGAUGCUUGGAAAGGCUUUAUAUGAAAACAUGCUUGUUGAGCUUCCAUUCGCCAGUUUUUUCCUUUCUAAGUUGUUGGGGACGAGUGCAGAUGUGGACAUUCAUCACUUGGCUUCACUGGAUCCUGAAAUGUACAAGAACCUGCUUUUCCUUAAGAGUUAUGAAGGAGAUGUCGAAGAACUCGGACUGAACUUUACUGUGGUGAAUAAUGACUUAGGAGAAGCACAGGUGGUUGAACUGAAGCCCGGUGGGAAGGACAUUCCUGUCACUAGUGCCAACCGAAUUGCAUACAUCCAUCUUGUGGCUGACUACAGGUUAAACAAACAGAUCAGACAGCAUUGCCUUGCAUUUAGACAAGGUCUGGCUAAUGUUGUUAAUCUUGAGUGGCUUAGAAUGUUUGAUCAACAAGAAAUCCAGGUUUUGAUAUCUGGUGCACAAGUUCCUAUUUGUCUAGAUGACCUGAGAAAUUUCACCAACUAUUCAGGUGGUUAUUCUGCCGAUCAUCCAGUGAUCAAAAUCUUUUGGAGAGUUGUAGAAAGCUUCACUGAUGACGAAAAACGUAAAUUAUUAAAGUUUGUGACAAGCUGCUCACGACCUCCACUCUUGGGGUUCAAGGAGUUAUAUCCUGCUUUUUGCGUACACAAUGGAGGCUCUGAUUUAGAGCGACUUCCCACUGCCAGUACUUGCAUGAAUUUAUUGAAGCUUCCAGAGUUCUAUGAUGAAAACCUUAUGAGGAGUAAGCUGCUUUAUGCCAUUGAAUGUGCUGCUGGAUUUGAGCUGAGUUGAACGGAAGUUUUAACCAAACGCUCUGUUGAGGAAUUCGAAUCAGUGCCUACUCCACGUGCAGCACCCAUGCCGGGCAGGUUAAGGGAAACCCACGUAGGUUUGUGCAGCUCAUUUUACCUGUCAAUAUUCGUUAAGUAAGUUUCAGUUUUUACACAAGACAUUAAUUUGCCAUUGUUCAUUAGCAUUUAUAUGCAUUGACGCUACCUUGUUUGGAUCGAGAAUAACGAACGCUGUGUGCAAUAUGGUAGGCUUUCUGAGAAGGAACAUAUAUGGGCACAGUAACAUCUGAGUGAAUAUAACCAAAGAUGAAGCUUUGGCUUUGUGCUGUUCGAAUACAAAUAAUACCACAAGCUGGCAAUAAAGCAACGUAACAAAGCAACACAAGGGGAAGAGACAGUGUCCUUGGAGCAGGAAGAAAAUGGCUAACAAGUGACCUGGAACUUUGAGAGUCUAGAAUACGGUUAUUCCACCUCUUUUGAAGUGGCAGAAAUUGUUUACAAGUGUUUCUGCAACUGCAGUCUGUUGUGACUCGGAAAAAAUGCAUUUAUAUUAUUACCAUGGUAGUCAGUGGUAGGUGUUGAGAGAGAAAUUUGUCACUUGUGUUUUUCUUUUUAAAUACUUUCAGUAAUCUGAAUGGGCAUGCUUGUUCUUCAGUUACUAUCUUAAAAGUGUGUCAUGAUCAAUUGGACAUUGUUUAAAAACUGUGUGACUGUCCUUGGUUUUUUUUUACCCCAUGACUUCCUUUUCUGUGCCUGUAGAAUAUUUUUUAAUGUGUCAGAAUUUUUUGGCAUAUAGAAUAUCCACAGUGCUUCUGACUGGAGAGAGCAAAUCCUUGUAAUAACAAUUAAAACAUGUUUGAACUGAAGCAUCAGGCUUUUAUCCUUUCUAUUUGAAAAUUUGCACAUGGUCCCAUGUCCUCUUUAGCUUCCUCCCCUGGAUUAGCCAGUUGAUGUAAAAACAGAGCUGUCCUCUAUUGUCAUGAAUAAGCAAUGCGUCUGUUUGCUCAGUUCAGGGAUUGGCUUCAAUGUUGUGGUGGAUUGCCAAGGGAAACAUUGUACUCUCAUCACAAAAGAGGCCUUUCAGAAAUGGUCACAACACUGGGUCAACCUGUGUCUUCAUGUGCAAUUCUCACUAAAUUAUUUUAUAAUAUAAUUGGAAAUAGAAAUCAUUAGCUGGCAAAAUCAAGUGCACCCUUUAACGUCAACUGAAAGAGACCGAAGAACUUUACAUUUGGGGGCUGCUCUGUUGGGGGUCCUCUUGACUGAAAACCUAUUUUACUGCUGAAGAAGCUCCUGGAUUUCACAUUUAAUUAGCAGUGAACAGCAAUAUAUUUUAAAUGUGCAGAACAGCUCUUGGGUGAUUUUAAGGUGUUUACUAGUGUUAGUACAAAAAUGUAUAAUUUCACGAUCUGGAUAAGAAAUGAAGUGUUGAAAAAUACUAUUUGUAGUCUCCAUGUACAGAAAUAAAGGAAUUGUUUUCUUUUUA